CACACCUCAGUGCAGCUGCAUGGAUACUAGCGUCAAUUCUUGGCCUGUCUAACUCUCCUCUGAUUGGCUGAAGCCAUGCAACAAGAGCGCCCACGCUAUGUGAUCAACAGGCCAGCCUACUCCCUCCCAGACUUUGAUGGGGAGUUUGACAAGAAGAAACGGGCCUUCCCCAUAGGAGAGAAAGUGAAGAAAUGCUUCAGGUGCUCUGGGUCUCGACUCAAGUCCCUGCUGUUCAGACACCUGCCUAUCCUGAGCUGGCUGCCCAAGUACAAGGUGAAGGAGAACCUGCUGUGUGAUGUCAUUAGCGGGGUCAGCGCAGGCACCAUUCAGGUUCCUCAGGGCAUGGCGUUUGCUCUGCUGGCUAACCUGCCGCCUGUCAAUGGCCUCUACUCCUCCUUCUUUCCUCUCAUCCCCUACUUCUUCAUGGGCACUGCUCACCAAAUGGUCCCAGGUACUUUUGCUGUGCUCAGUAUCAUGGUGGGAAUGGUGUGUCUGAGUCUGGCCCCUGAGUCUGACUUCAGCCACUUCAAUGCCACCCUCAAUGCUACACUAGUGGAUGAGGACAGGAUGAACGAGGUUCGACUGGGCAUCUCUGGAACAUUGGCCUGUCUCACUGCCAUCAUCCAGAUGGGCCUGGGCCUAAUGCAGUUUGGCUUCGUGGCCAUCUACUUGUCUGAGUCGUUCGUCAGGGGCUUCAUGACGGCUGCAGGACUGCAGAUCCUCAUCUCUGUACUGAAGUACAUCUUUGGUAUUAAAGUACCUCCCUACAGUGGACCACUUGCCACCAUAUAUACUCUAAAAGAUAUCUUUUAUGGCCUGCCUGACACCAACAUAGCCUCGCUGGUCUUUGCUUUGGUCAGUAGUGUGGUACUCAUAACAGUGAAGGAGCUGAGUGCACACUACCGUCACAAACUGCCUUUCCCCAUCCCCAUGGAGAUCAUUGUUGUGGUAGUGGCCACAGCCAUAUCAGGUCCCCUGGACCUGCCUGAGAAGUAUCACAUGGACAUAGUGGGAGAGAUUCCCCUAGGAUUUCCUGCUCCGAUCCUCCCAACAGUGAUUCAGUGGGAUGACAUGCUGAGCACAGCCUUCUCCCUGGCUAUCGUGGGCUAUGUGAUCAACCUGGCUAUGGGCAGGACACUGGCAGCAAAGCAUGGCUACGAUGUGGAUCCCAAUCAGGAGAUGUUGGCUCUGGGCUGCAGUAACUUCUUGGGGUCUUUCUUCAAGAUCCAUGUGAUCUGCUGUGCUCUGUCUGUCACCUUGGCGGUAGACAAUGCUGGGGGAACAUCACAGUUUGCCAGUCUGUGUGUGAUGCUGGUGGUCAUGGUCACCAUGUUGGCCUUGGGGGCUUUCCUCAACCCACUACCAAAGUCUGUGCUGGGAGCCCUGAUAGCUAUCAACCUGAAGAACACUCUGCUGCAACUCUCUGACCCAUAUUACAUCUGGAAGAAGAGCAAACUGGACUGUUGUGUGUGGAUUGUGUCAUUUUUAGCCACCUUCUUCCUGAGUUUGCCUUAUGGAGUUGCCAUUGGAGUCAGCUUCUCCGUCCUCGUGGUUAUUUUCCAGACCCAGUUUCGAAAUGGUUCAGAGAUGGCUCAGAUCAUGGACACAGAUCUCUACAAAAAUCCCAAGAUUUACAGCAAGGUGAAAUGUGUAGAGGGGGUGAAAAUAGUGAACUACUGCUCCCCUCUCUAUUUUGCCAAUGCAGAGAUAUUCAGACAAAAAGUCAUCAAAAAGACUGGAUUGGACCCAAGUAAACUUCUCUUAGCCAGGAAGAAGUUUCUGAAGAAGCAGCAGAAGGAGUUAGAAGGGCAAAACAAGAAGACCAAGAAGAAGAAGCCCUGCUCUUUGGUAACCAUGAAGUCUCAGACCAUAUCACAGAUAGAGCUUCAGAAUGACUUUGACAUUGGCGACAGCAAUCCUUACCCGCCACCAUCACCCACCAGCUAUGUCAACUUCCACUGUAGUGACAUUGAGCUGGGCGAGCAGCCUCCUGACCCAGACCAACCAAGUUCCUCCCCAGUUACCCUGGACUCUCAACCCAGGCCCUUCCACACCCUCAUCCUGGACCUGGCAGGGGUCUGCUUCAUAGACCUCAUGGGAAUCAAAGUACUCAUCAAGAUGAACUCAAGUUAUGAGAUGCUGGGGAUCAAGCUUUACUUGGCCAAUGUUCAAGCACAGGUGUAUGAGGAGCUGGAGGGGGGAGGGGUGUUUGAGGAGGGCAAUAUCGCCCAAGGUCACCUCUUCCUCUCUGUCCAUGACGCCAUCCUCUGUGCCCAACAGAGGUCAAGAAACACCGAAAACUCAGAAAAGGCAGGUCCCACUUAA